AUGGUCGCCACCAAGAAGGAAUUUCAGCUCUCGCACAUUUUCAAGAACGUAUCAAAGUUGGAAGAUGGAUAAUAUUUGACAAGUCCCUAUGAAGAACAUUUCAAUGCUCCAUGGCAAUUAAUGAUUGGUCAUCGCGAAGCACGUUUGCGUGUUUAUCUGUGCUGUGGACAUCCGGCGGAAAAGGACAAAGUCUUGGGAAUCAGUGUGGAUUGUAACUUCAAGCUCACCACUUCGUCGGGAAAGUGCAUUCAAAGAUUUAAUUCGUGCCAUUUCGAGACUCCAAAAUCCCAUAUUCUAAAUCAGUUUAUUGCUUGGGACACAUUGAUGACGGAUUAUUUGGUUGAUGAUAGUAUCAUUAUUGAAAUUAAUGCCAAGAUUACAAAAAUGCCUGGAAUCUUGAAGAAACAGCUGAAAAGCUUUGAAAAAUCAAAUGAAGAAUUUUCCGAUGUGAUUCUCGCGGUUGGAGAUAAGAAGUUCUUCGUUCUCAAGAAGUUCCUCGCCUCUCAUUCUUCAUACUUCAAGACUCUUCUUCUCGGAAAUUUCGAAGAAGCUGAUAAGGGAGAAGUCACACUCCACGGCAUCGAUUCUACCGAUUUUCAGAAUCUUCUCGAGGUUCUGUAUGGAGAACCCGCAAUUGAUGAAGGCCUGUCUCUCGAAAAUCAGCACAAUUACCGAUAUCAAAGUAGCAAUGGCGUGUGA